UGCCCCGUGCACCCGUGCAUCCCACUCCCGUGACUUUAUUGAUAAAGCUCGCGAGGCAUGCUACCGUGUGCCGAAUAGCAGCUUUUUAUUCUGUAAUCAUUUUUACGGCGACUAACGUCGCAGGGACUUUUAUUGAUAUUUCCCGCCUUCAGUUCACCGCACACUGUCGCAGGCAUCGCAGUCGAGAUUAUGGUAUGGAACUUACUGAGCAUUUACUUUUGGAAUGUCAUGUCAUCGCGCUGUGGAUAGCGCCUUAACGUCCCACUGCAGCGUUCAAGUGUGUGACGCUCUUUGAAGGGACAAAUCACUCCCUUCAACAUGAGCAGCACCGUGCCAAACGCCGGAACUUCGGCGUCCUUCAAAGUAGUGGUAACGCACGUGGCGUCAGAGCACAAGUGGGUAAAAUUAUACGUGCAGAAGGACUACGACAGUGUCCGAGAGAUCGAGGAUUACAUCGAGCAAAACGAUGAGUCUUUGUGUAAGCAGUCUGGAUACCUACAUCAGGGCCAGCUACCUCUCGGGACCCCGUGCUUUGCCCGCUUCUCGGAUAACAAGUGGUACAGGGCAGCGGUGUCAGCGUGGCCGAAGAGUGAUGCCACUUUCGUAGAGGUUACGUUUAUCGACUACGGAAAUCCCGAAAUUGUGUCUGUAGCGGAUAUUCGAAGAGGGGAAGAAGACGUCUUCCUGACACCACCGCUUGCCAUGGAGUGCUUCCUGGACGGCAUCGAUGUCAACCUGAUUCCUCCAAUAGAUGCCUCGCAACUAAUCGAGCAUACGAAAGGCCUGCUGCUCUACGAGGAAGUAACACUCAGUGUUCUGCGUUAUGAACGAUUCCCAAAUGACUGUGUCAGACCCAUAGUGUCCGUAACAAUGCCGCAGGGACGUCAGCUGGUUGAGAUUUUGACCGCAGAAGGUACCGUACCACCACCACCACUAUCAUCACCACCACCACCACCACCUGCCUUCAAGUAUUUGGCCCUCCCGCUCGACACGACGCAUGAAGUGUAUGUCUCUCAUGUGGACGACCUGGAAAAUGUGUACCUCCAUCUCUCCGCAAAGGAUCCCACUGAUUUCACGGAUAGGGUGCAGAGCUACGGUGCCUCGCUGCCGCGACUCUGUUCCAUGCACGAAGGUAUGGCCUGCCUCAGCCAGUUCUCUGAAGAUGGGAACUUGUACCGGUCCUUAGUGUCUUCCGUGGCAGGCACAACGUGUAGAGUUCUCUUCGUUGACUACGGAAAUUCGGAGGGGAAAGCCUUGCGGGACCUCUUCUCUAUCCCCCCUGCUCUGCUGGAAGACCCUGUGUACGCCCAUCAUUGCAGAGUGAGCAACUUAACUAUCGACGCAGACACCUUUCGCAACGUCACAGCAGACACUCCGUUGACGUGCAAGUUUGUCAGCAGGUGCGGUCCAACGAAGUACACGGUCGAGCUGUCUGACAUUCCGGGCCUGCAGAGCCCGGCGAAUAGUGCACUCUUAGAGCAGCCCAUGUCCAUACAAAAGCUGCGUUUUGAACCCGAUACCACAUUUGUGAUGUACAUAUCCUUCAUUGAGUCUGCCGAAGUCAUGUACGGACAGCUGAAAGAGACUGCGGAAGACAUAGAGAACAUCUCCGCUCAACUAGCCGUAGAGUGCCAAACAAGGUCAAACGAGUUUGUCGACGUGCGGCCCGGUGCAGCGGUUGCGUGUGUCUACGAGGGAACGUGGUACCGUGCCGAGGUCAUCGAAGCUUCCCAGAAGGUCACCGUCUGGAUCGCGGACUACGGGGACACGGUCGUCCUGGCUAGGUCCGACCUCCGGCCUUUGGACCAGAAGUACCUCCUGCAACCCGCAUACGCGGUGAAACUCACGCUCGAGGGCUACAGGUGCGACCCGGCCACCUUGGACGCUGCCACGUCCGCGUUGCAGAACCUGGUACUAGACGUUGAGGUACGAGUGCACGUCGUGGAAUCGUCCCCGGAUGGACUGCACCUGGCAAAGAUAUUUGUAGGCGAUCCUCCAGUAUCGGUCACCAGGAAGUUGCCGCCCCCAGCGAGCAGCAUAAAAGUGCCCCCACCUACGCUCUCGGCGAUAGAGCGCCUGACGGUUAUGGCCGUUAAACCGCCGCGCACGUUUUUCGGCCAACUCGUGAAAUACUCCGUCGAAGACCUGGACGCGUUGCAGGAGUCCCUCCUGCAGCACUAUUCCAACGCCACCCGCGAGGCCGGCUUUGUGCCGGUUGUGGGCCAACACGUCUCUUGCAAGUUCUCGGAAGAUGGGUGCUUCUACCGAGCGAAGGUCACGAGUGUGGUGCCCGAUGGCUCCUGCGGAGUGUUCUACCUGGACUAUGGCAACGAGGAAGUGGUCGCGGCGGAGAACAUCUACCCUCUGGCGGCGGUGUUCACGCAGGUUCCGCAGUUUGGCAUACGCUGCAGCGUCGAGGGGGGUUCUUCCGGUGACGCGGUGUCUCACUUGAUGGAUGGCGAGGUGGACGUGAGGCUCGUCCGAGAGGAUGGCGAAGUUCACUGGGUGGUGCUCUGCGGUGCACCGGUUGGGAAUGUUGCAGCACCUGAAGCCCCACCUGCUGUACCCGCAGCAGCUGUACCCCCACCUGCAGUACCCCCACCUGCAGUACCCCCACCUGCAGUGCACCCACAAAGUGCACAUGUGCCCUCUACCAUGCAACCUGCAGAAAUGGCGGUGGGCUGGACGGCCAGCGUGCAGGUUGUCUUUGUAAUAUCGCCUGCAGAGUUCUACUGUCAGUUGAAAGCCCAUGAGGGUGAACUUAAUGCUCUUAUGGAUGAAAUUGCUCUCUUGGAAACUGAGCCGCCUCUCUCUGAAGCUUCUGUGCAGGUGAACCUGCCGUGCGUCUCCCUCUAUUCAGAAGAUGGAGGGUGGUACAGGGCCAGAGUGCGCGAGCUGCGGCCAGGAGGCGCCCUUGUCUUCUUCGUGGACUACGGCAACAGUGAAGUAGUGCAAUGCAACUCGCUACGAGCACUGCCUGCGCAGUACACACGCCUGCCCGAACAGGCGAUCAAAUGCAAGCUCGCUGGCGUGCAGCCGACUAUAGGAUCCUCGUGGUCUGAAGAAGCCACUGGAAAGUUUGAUGAACUUGUGUCAUCGCAGACCACCGCAGUGAAAGUCGUUGCAAGAUGCGGCAUCUGCCACGAAGUGGAUUUAACCCUUCCGGAUGGGAGAACGGCAGCUGGUGUGCUCACUCAGGAAGGUUUAACUUCCCUGGGUGCUUCCCCCAGUCGUGCUCCUGAUGUCGGUUUCCGCUACCAGAGCCUCGUGCCAGGAACACCCGUUGAGGUUGCAGUGUCCUGGGUACUGAACCCCGGAGAAGUGUUCAUCCAGCCUACAAGUACUGCGGACAGUCUGGAGAGGCUUAUGGAGCAGUUACAGGUCCGUUAUGCUAACUCACGCCCGGAAGAUAAUCUCGUGCGUGUAGGGCAGGCAUGUGCGGCCAAAUUUUCCGAGGACGGCAUGUGGUAUCGAGCCCGGGUAACUCACACCAAGGGUGCAAAGUUCGGCGUCCAAUACGUCGACUACGGAAACUGCGAAGAGGUCAACUCUUUUGACGUGCGCAAGAUUGAGCCUUCCUUUGUGGAGCUGCCCACUCAAGCAGUGCACUGCCGGAUUCGAGGAUUGCACCCGCCUGGACCAGCGUGGACUGCCCUGGCACCUGGCAGCCCUCUGGACGAUAUCUUGUCUGGCAUCCUUAUCUGCCGUCCCACUGCCGACCAAGAUGGUGUUCACCUGGUAGACUUCGAGAGACCCGCAGAUGGCUGCAACGUGGCAGACCUCUUGAUCGCCGCGGGGCUAGCAAGGGGCUUCAAAGAGAACUGUGGUUCAGUUUCCGAAGCAAGCGUAACCUCCAAGCCUAGAAUGUGCAUUCCACCACUUGAAAUUUGCUUCCAGACUGGGCAAUACGUGGACGUCAAAGUGACUGCUGCAGUGACUGUGGAAGAGGUGUGGUGUCGCACUCUGCAGGCCUUGGACCCCAUAGCAGAAUCCCUGGCUGAGGCGGCCAAGAGCUCCAAGAAGUUGGCGAAUCCCGUUUCUGGUGACGGAUGCAUAGCCUCUGCACCUGACGGACAGUGGGCUAGGGCAGUGGUCCGUGCCCGCCCGUCCCCGGCCAAGAUUGAGCUCUUCUUCGUGGACAUUGGCAUUGUCCAGACUGUGCAUCAUGCCAAGGUGAAACCUAUGGCUCCGGAACUGACUGAGUUACCGGCUCAGGCCUUCCAGUGUUGCCUCAUGGCUGAUGGCAGGAAUGUGGCUGGAGAGUUGCUUCAAACCCUAGUAGACAAAGAGCUUGUACUCGAAGUGAGGGCAGUUCGAGAUGGCUGCGUGGUGGGGUCUCUGUUUGAUACAGCAGGCGAGGAAGAGGUAAAUGUGUUGGAUGCCUUGGCAACAAAGGACACCUUAGAUUCUGAGCAACCUGUGUCACAAGCUGCGGCACCUGCCACAAGCGAGGUAGCACCACAGCCGUCUGCAUCAACAAGUGGAGUGGCUGUCACUACAUCGCAGACUGACUCAGCCCCCGAGCGAGCUCCAUACAGGCCUCCAUACAACCGUGGCCACAUCAUUGUGCCCUGCUACACAGCAGUCUCUAAAUUGGCUGGCAAAAUGGCUGCCUACGUGAUGCAUGUUGACGACCUGAACUGCUUCUACGUGAUGCGUAAAGACCAAGAAACCGAACUUGAGAACUUGACCGCCCUCAUCGAGCAGCGCUACGGCGGAGGUAACGGCGAACACGUCCAGCUCGUUCCCAAGAUGCCCUGCAUCGCGAUGUCCCCCGCGGAUUCGCAGUGGUAUCGUGCCAAGAUAGUGAAUCCCGUCGAUGACUUGCGAGCUGUCGUCCACUUUAUAGACUAUGGCAACACUGAAGACACGACAGAGCUGCGCGCCGUGGCCUCGGAGUUCCUCGAAAUUCCAGCGUUCUGCUACAAGUGCAAGCUGGACGGGGCAAAGGAACUGUUCGGCAUUCCAGGGGUCGUGGAAACGUUCACCGAGCUCGUCAGCGAUGCGGAACUGGAAAUGGAGGUCGUCACCUGGGGCCACGAGGUGACAGUGAGGCUCUUGCGAGAUGGUGCCGAUGUCGCGGCAAAGUUGAGAGAACAGGCCGUCGUGGAGGAUGCGGUUGGGAAACAGACGGAAGUGUCUGCAGGAGAAGGUAAUGUGCAGGCUUCAGGAGAUUCUGCUGCUGAAGGUGCUGAAAAGUUCAACGAUUCUACUCAGCCAGAGAAUGCAGAGCCUGUGGAGGCUGAACCAAAGGACCAGGCAAGCACAGAGGCUCCAGAUCAACCAUUCAGAUCAACAUUCGCAACCACCCCAAUUGAGGGAGAGGUCCUCUGCAUUAUUUCUCACGUGGAUGCUCCUGACUGCUUCUAUGCCUCUCCUGCAGACAAACAGGACGCGUUGGCAGAUUUUUGCGCUCAAGUGCAAGACCUGCUGGCGAGUAAGAAUGUAGUCGUGAAGGACCCGAAAGUCGGAAUGCCUUGUUGUGCCCUGUAUUUGGAGGACGAACAGUGGUAUAGGGCUGUGGUGGUUGAGGCAGGCGACCCUCUGAAAGUGAGGUUUGUUGACUACGGAAACUGUGGGACAGUGGGUUCCGUAGCAGAAGUCCCGGAAGAGAUUCUCCACGUUCCGACUUUCUGCUUUGGUUGCAAAUUGGAGGGAGAUUUCGAGGGAGGUGACAGCACUGAGAGGCUCAAGGACCUGGCGGCAACGGAAGAGCACGUACGUGUCAAGGUGGUCGAGUGGGGAGAACCUGCCACAGUGAAGUUGUUCAGCAGUGACGGGUCUGGCAUUGGCGCACAACUCAAUGCGGAACCCACGGUGAACAGCGAAGUUGAAGACAUCGUCCCUUGUUCAGAAAAAUACGCUCAACCAGAGGUGCCUUUGCACGCAAAGGCAGCCGUCGAUGUUUCUCAUAUCAACGGCCCCCUUGACUUCUACGUCAACCUCGCAGAUCAUAAGGAAAAAAUGGAGGAAGUGGCUACAAUCUUGGAGGAACCACAAAGUCGUGGUGAGCAGUUUGAUCCUGCUGUGAAUUCUCCCUGUACAGCCGUGUACACAGAUGGGCUAACCUAUCGGGCAACCGUACUCGACAAGUCUGAAACUGAAGUUCGUGUCCUCUUCGUGGAUUACGGCAACGUAGAAUCUGUUGGGCUAGGAGACGUGUUCUGCCUCCCUGCACGUUUGACGACCAUCCCUGCACUGGCUGUGCACUGCAGGCUAGACGCGGAUGCAAGCUCACUGUCUACCGAAGAAGCCUCGGAAAGGUUCAGAGAGUCUGUGGAGAAUAGUUCGUCGCUCCUGGCAGACUUCUUGCGGCAGGAAGGUGACACAUUCGUCGUCCGCCUGCUUGACAUGGGCAUCGACAUUUUGACCAGCAUCAGCGAAAAGAGCGCGGAAGCUGAAAGUAUAAGCUCGGUCGACAUAGUUCAGACUAAUGACACGCCCGAAGGUGGUGCUGCAGAACUAGGACCAACAAAUGAUGAUGACGAUUCUGUUUUCAAGGAACCCGCUGAAGAGUCUGAAAAGGUGGAAAUCGAAGCAGCGAAUUCUGUGGUGAAUGUGACAUGCAGCGAAGAUGCUAACAAAGGCGCAGAGCAGGAUGUUGAACCUGCUGUUGACAGCACCACAAAAUUAGAAGUAGAUAUUGAAAGUGCAGCAGCUGCGGGCGAAAUUUGUGAUGUACUCGCCGAGGACAAGCUGCGGGAUGAACCGAAGGUUGUACCACCUGGGGAUGAGCUGGAGAAUGAGGACGCCAUUACUGGUGAACCUCAGAAAGCAGAACAAGAUGAAGAUGAAGAUGAAAGCACUCCUGUUGACACUGUACAGGAGGAGGAGGAGGAAGAGUUUGCUCAGUGCUCCAGUUCGCUAGGUGGAGACACACUCGAAAGCACGGCCCACAGUACAGAUGAUGGAGACUUGCCAGCAGCCGUUAGCUGCAGCAGUGAAGUGCAAAAUUGCGUUACAGAACAAGAGUCCUGCGUCCUGCAGUCCUGCGACGCUUCUGCUGCAUGCACAGACAAACCGCAGGUUUGCGACUCUGAAGAUCCUGUCGCUGACCGCGUUUCUGAAGGCGCUGAAAAGUUCCACGAUUGUGCUCAGCCAGAGAAUCCCGAGCCCGAGGAGGCAGAACCAAAGAACGUGAAAUCCAGCACUCCAGUCAAAGAGGCCGCAGCAGAAGUCGAUUCUAGGUUUUUAGGCGACGCAGAGUUGGAGGAAGAUGCCGCAGCGAAAGUUUCAGUGACAUCGGCAUGUAAUGGUGACAGUGGCUUAGAAGCUGGUAAGGUCGCGUCAGCUGAAGACUGUGGUGCGCUCUGCAAUGGGGCUAAGUCUGCAACCGGUGAUGGUGGGGCCAGUGUACCAGAGACUAAAUCGCUGGAUGUUUCUGUGGCUCCAGGUGUGUGCACCAGUUCAGAAGCUACAGACCCUUAAGCCCCAGCAGUCUUUUUGGAUGUGGAGUGUCACAAACAUGUGGUUUAGUCCGGAAGUGCCUUUUUAGCCACUAAGUUGUGAUGGAACCUUUGCGGGCACUUUUUUAUUUGUAAUAAGCAACUUUUUCUUUCCACUGUAUCCAAGGUUUGUUUAAAUGUAAAAUUUGUUUACCUUCAGAUCCGUACCAUGUUUUGCAGCGGUGAUUUUUGCCUGUUUCGCGGGGAAGUGUGCAGUACCACCAGGAUUCGUAUUAUAAUUUUCAGCUUGCUUUGUUUUUAUUUGAUGCACAAGCAAUAUUUCAAUUGACCCUAGCUUCUUGGUGGCUGCACAACUGAUAGGGGUGGGGUAUUCCUAAUUUGCAAUAUUGUACCGCUUUUUUGGUUUAUAGCAGACUGCUAAGCUGUUUCGAAUGUAUGAGAUAAGACCAUUUGUUUCAAAUAAAACUAUGUCACCAUA